AUGUCAGUUGAACUUACUAAAAGGGCUCUCCGUCCUACAUCUGGCAAAAAUGGAAGACUUGUUCGCGUAAGGUCAAAUUUUUUUGAAGUAACCAACUUAACGUCAGUUACCAUCUGUCAUUAUGAUGUCGUCAUUGAUCCUGUUGAUAUGCCUGUACACUUCAACACGAAAGCGCGGGGUGCUUUUGAAACACAAUAUGAAGCCGGCUGUACGCGUUCCAGCCAUAUCAAAUUACGCAUUAAGAAAGCUAAUGUUAUCAAUAUGCAUGAGCUUCUUUUGUUUUUGAAAAGCAAGUCUGCUUGUACUACAAACUGUCUCACUGCUAUUAUGUUUCUUGAUAUACUUUUUAAAAAUCUUCCUUCUACUGUCCAUUAUUCUGUUGGCCGUUCAAUUUAUACUCCUCAGGAUAAACGCAACCUUCCUAAUAUGGCUGAAGUUUGGCAAGGGUUUUGUCAGUCUGCGCGUCCUACUGCUGUUAAGUUACUUUUAAAGGAUUCGCUUUGCUUUUGAGUGUAACUAUUUCGCUAUUUACUGAUUUACACUGAAACGCUCACUCAUCUGCUGUUUCUCCAAAU